AUUUAAAGUCUGUUCCGGUUUGUAUCGGGAAUAAUGAAAGAAGUAGCAAGUAUGGAGUCACAAACAGAGCAAAGCGGGCUUUCUCGAGCAGAGAGGAAAGCUCUUGAAAAAGCUAAACUCAUUCAGAAGGAGACUCAGAGAAAUAGUUUUAAACUGGUGGCCAGGAUAUUAAAGAAACCUGAAUGUGAGCGAACCGAAGAGGAGCGCACUUUACUUCAAGGGCAUCAAGACACUGUGCAAGAGCUGAGCAAACGCCAGGCUCGGAGGAACAUCCUGAAACGGAAGCAGGAAGAGCUCUUUGAUGAUGAAGAGGAUCUGAGGACCAAAGUGAAGCAGCUGGCCGAAGCGAUGCGUCAGGCUCGCUAUGUUGUCAUCUACACAGGAGCCGGGAUCAGCACGGCUGCUUCAAUCCCGGAUUACCGCGGGCCUAAUGGAGUUUGGACUCAGCUACAGAAGGGGCUCGCUGUCAGGCACUCUGACCUCAGUGAAGCAGAACCGACUCUGACUCACAUGUGUAUCCAGAUGUUACACAAGGUCAAAAUGGUUCAACACGUGGUUUCUCAGAACUGUGACGGUCUCCAUUUGCGCAGCGGGCUUCCUAGACAUGCCCUGUCUGAGCUGCAUGGGAAUAUGUUCAUCGAGGUGUGUGUGUCGUGCACUCCGGUUCGUGAGGUGAUCCGUCUGUUUGAUGUGACGGAGCGUACGGCGCUGCACAGGCACGCUACAGGCCGGUGGUGCGCUCAAUGCAGAGGGGAGCUGAGGGACACUAUAGUGCACUUUGGUGAGAGAGGCACCCUGGAGCAGCCGUUAAACUGGAAAGGCGCAGCUGAGGCCGCAGAGCAGGCCGAUCUCAUCCUCUGUCUUGGCUCCAGCCUGAAGGUCCUGAAGAAGUAUGCUUGCUUGUGGUGCAUGAAAAAAACAGUUGCUAAGAGACCAAAGCUAUACAUUGUCAACCUUCAGUGGACACCAAAAGAUGACUUGGCCACUCUGAAAAUACAUGGAAAGUGUGAUGAUGUGAUGCGUCUCUUGAUGGAAGAGUUGGGAGUUGAAAUUCCAACCUACAACAGAUCUGAGGAUCCCAUCUUCAGCUUAGCCACCCCUCUCAGACUGGAUGAAGAGGACAGUCACAGCCGUAAAACUUUAGCGGCCCCUGCUGCUCUGGAGUACUCUGAGUCUGAUUCAGGGAGUAAAGAUGAGGAGACAGGAGUACAGGGUGGCUGGUUUGGGCGAGGUUACUCCAAAGCGAGGAAGAAAAGAAAAACUACAUAGUGACAUGUAGUUUCACUUCAGGAUAGCAGAGAUUUGCUUUAAAGAAACAUUCCACGCACGAUCUAUAUUUUUAUCAUUAUACUGCAAAUCCAGCUAUCUUGGUAUAUUAUUGCGAGACAAUACGGUCACCUAGGUGACUGAAAAUUCUUUACUAAGCAGUGCAGAUUUGCUCUCAGUGGAAAAAUAGUGGGGGUUUCUAUUCAUCUGAUAAUAAAACUGCCAAAAAUGCAAUGAAGGAUGAUAGAAACAGACUUUUAAACUAUCAAGUCCAGUAGGUAUAUUCUCAUAUUCUCAUUACAAGGACAUUGUAUUUUGCUGACUUUUUUUUUUUUGGAAACUCCCUUAAUUUCAUGGAUUGAAGGGGGAAAUAAGUGUGCAUUCAGGUAAAAUAACUAAACCAGCCUAAACCUCAGUAUAAAAGUGUCUCUGCUGUAAAUAAUUACAGUUUUAAUACUGUGUGGAAUGUUUCUUUAAGAUAAUAAUAGCAUUAGGACUGUGCCAGUUUUCCAGUAUUAGCCAUUUGCACCAUACAUUCAUUCUCUCAGGUAUUAAGCAAAAUGACUCAGUUAUGCUUAGAAUCAGUGUUGAGAGAAGUUAAAUGAAGUCUAAUUCUGACUCCUGUGUGGUGGAGUUUUGUUUUACUUGCUCGACCACAUCUAGUCUGCGCAAGGUCAGAAAAUGAAAGAAAUCUGUAGUGCAGAUUUUAUAGAAGUAGCUUGCUAAGUUAAAAUGAUUUAUAUAGACUAGGACAAAGUCAGUUUAUGAAUAAUGUACAGCAGCGGUCAUCCAUUAGGCGUUCACACUUGGCGUUAUUUUUUGCCCCCAUCAACCACCAGACCAUGUUUUGCCUGUAUGUGACCAUGUUUUUAGUCCUAUGUAAGGUGGCCGCAAGGUGGAACAAUCUGAUCUAAAACUGGGGGAGGCAGAGGAAAAAAAACAAAAAUUUGUGAAUUAGUAUAGGGAGAUUUAGAACAUAAUGAAAAAAAUAUAUUGUUGCCAAUAUUUCAAAAUCACAAUCUAAUUAAAAUGAACAAGCUGUCAAUUUUUUUUGGGACAUUCACCAGUAUGUGAUGUAACAUCCCACUUUAACUGAUGCUACACUCAGUCAGGUCGCACAAGCAGCUCAAAUUCUAUUCUAUGUUCUGCAUCCAAAGCUAGACAGGACAAGAAGGCCUAGUCGGUUAGCUGAUACUAGCUGGUAAGAGCAUUCUUAUAGUUGCAGCUCACACAAUGUGAUACAUUUUUUUCCCCUAUGUCAGUACAAAAGGCUACUUCUUUUAUAGAAGGAAACAGUGUGAAAGCACCCUUGCAGUUGUCAUUGGGUCAAAUUCUCAACAGUGUUUGUGGCAGCAGACAAACAUUGAUGGAAAUUAUUACUUUUCAGAACAUUAUUGCCUUCUACAGUCUAUGUAGUGCGUCAGGGGUACAUGGGUCAGAGAAAAUUCCUAAUGAUGUACAGCUUGAUAACUAACAAGCUGUAUAUAUGACCUUUUCUUUUAAAGGAUGAUGUGGAGUUACUUCUUGAAGAUUUCUAAUUUAGCAGUGAUUCCGUCGCUGCUCAUUAACACUAUGUUUACAUGAACUCAGUUAAAGGCAUAGUCUUAAGUUACUGUGGAAAUGUACUGAUCCUCAGAGAAAUGAAAAUUUUAUAUACAUAUAUAUACAU